AUUAAGAAUUGCGCGAAUGGAGUGAAAAUGAGCACUAAGCAAGUCACCUGCAGGUAUUUUCUUCAUGGCGUCUGUCGAGAAGGGAGCAGAUGUAUGUUUUCCCAUGAUUUGGCAACCAGCAAACCUUCAACUAUAUGUAAAUUCUACCAAAGGGGCGUGUGUGCAUACGGAGAAAGGUGUAGAUAUGACCACAUCAAACCUGGUGGCCGUGGAGGGGGCCCACCGGCUGACCACACAAACAGAGGCAGUAGUGCCGCAGCCCCUAUCCCAGGGCCUGGACCACCUGUAGGCACAGGCAGACACGGCAAGAAACCCCUGGUGCUAAGAGACAGAGCUCUAAGCUGUGAAAGCAGAGGCAUGCCUUACAGAGGAGAGAGCACAGAGGGAGUAGACGGUUGGGAUUACAGGGAUGAUGGUCUCCAUGCGAAGCCUCACACUUACCUGGACGCCAUUCGCGCCGGUCUGGAAUGUUCCGCCUCGGCCAGCUCUUUUCCCGAUGUGUCUCAGCCCCAGCUCUGCCCUUACGCCGCCGCAGGCCAGUGCCAUUACGGCAGUACCUGCCCCUAUCUCCACGGCGACACGUGUGACAUCUGCCGACUGCAGGUCUUACAUCCGCAUGACCCAGAGCAGAGGCGCGCACAUGAAAAGAAAUGCAUGAUGGCUUUUGAGAUGGACAUGGAAAAGGCCUUUGCAGCGCAGCACAGUCAGGACAAGGUUUGUAGUAUCUGUAUGGAGGUGGUGUAUGAGAAAGCUGUGCCCUCAGAGCGACGUUUCGGCAUCCUGUCCAGCUGCUGCCACACGUACUGCCUCAGCUGCAUCCGCCAGUGGCGUUGUGCCAAACAGUUUGAGAACAAGAUUAUCAAGUCUUGUCCUGAAUGCAGAGUGGUAUCUGAGUUUGUCAUCCCCAGUGUGUACUGGGUGGAGGACCAGGAAGAGAAGAAUCGUCUCAUCGAGGAGUUCAAGUCUGGAGUCAGUAAGAAGCCUUGUAAGUACUUUGACCAGGGCAGGGGAACAUGCCCGUUUGGAGGAAAGUGCUUCUACAUGCAUGCCUACCCAGACGGGAGCCGGGCGGAACCAGACAAGCCCCGCAAGCAGCUCAGCUCGGAGGGGAGCGUUCGGUACUUGAACUCCGUGCGGCUGUGGGAUUUCAUCGAGGAGCGAGAGCAUCGCGGGGUGCCUCAUCACGACGACGAAGUCAGUGAACUGGGGGAACUGUUCAUGCAGCUAUCAGGGGCCGGAGACGAGAGCAGCCCUGCACUGCCCUGAUCUCUCACCAUGCCGUUUCUGUCUCUCUCUCCCUCACACACACACACACACACACACACACACCUGUCCAGACUGCGAAAACAACCAUGUCAUAUCUUUAGUAACUGCAUACAUUUCAUAAACCGGGCAAUAAAAGUGUACCCCUUGGUAAGCUUUUCAUGGUGGUUGCUGAAGGCUUUUUAAAAGAUAUUUUUUAAUGUGUGGUACAUUUUUUGUGGAAAGAUUGAUAGUAAUCCUAUGUAUAGAAGAAUACAAAGGUAUGAGACAUACCUCUAACAGUUCUGUUUGUGAAGGCUGCUAUAUUUUACUGAUGCUUAUUAGAUAAUUUUGCCAGAUUUUUUAAAUAUUGAUAAGACAUGCAUCAUGGAGAGAGCAAGAGACUGAUAAACGCUCUGACACUCUGAAUGCACUCAUACGAGAUGUGAAAAUAAGAAAAAAAAUGUAUAUUUAAAAAAAAACAACAACUGUAAACGUUGCACUUAGAGCAG